CGCGGCUCGGCCCGGCCCGGCCCGCCGCGGCCCGGCUCGGGGGCGGCAGCAGCAUGAGCUUGGCCUUGAGGAAUGAGCUUUCAGUAGACAAAACUAAAAAGAAGAAAAGAAGAGAACUGACUGAGGAACAGAAGCAAGAAAUUAAAGAUGCCUUUGAGUUGUUUGAUACAGACAAAGAUAGAGCAAUAAAUUAUCAUGAAUUAAAGGUGGCAAUGAGAGCCUUGGGUUUUGAUGUGAAAAAAGCUGAUGUACUGAAAAUACUUAAAGAUUAUGAUCGAGAAGCGACAGGCAAGAUCACCUUUGAAGAUUUUAAUGAAGUUGUGACAGACUGGAUAUUGGACAGAGACCCACAAGAAGAAAUACUCAAGGCAUUCAAAUUGUUUGAUGAUGAUGACUCUGGUAAAAUAAGCUUGAGAAACCUGCGCCGGGUUGCUAGAGAAUUGGGUGAAAAUAUGUCUGAUGAAGAACUACGGGCUAUGAUUGAAGAAUUUGAUAAGGAUGGAGAUGGAGAAAUCAAUCAAGAAGAGUUCAUUGCUAUUAUGACUGGAGAUAUUUAGCAUUAGAAGAAAAGAAAUGAACUCAGCACAAAAGGGAGGAGUCAUUGGCAGCUUCCAUUACAACAUUUUGUACUUCCAUUCAUUUCUGUAGCUGGAGUGAUGCAGAAAAUUACUUUCCUCACAGGACCAAAAUAGAGACAGGUUAUAUGCACUGAUAGUUCAGUACUUUGUAUCAUUAAAUAUUAUCGCUAGAAUAAUUGAUAUAUCAUUUUAGAACAAGUAAGUAAUGCUGCAUUUCAGAAUGUUCGAGUACUCAUUUGUACAAUAGCUUUGUAUAAGAUUUCUAAUUAUAAGAACUUUUUGAGAUUGACUUUGUGUUAGCAUUAGCUGUGGCCUUGGUUUUGAUACAUAAGGUUUGACAAACUUCCAUUUUAAUAAAAUGUUCUUUACU